ACGAAAGGAUCAAGAACAAGAAAAACAGGAGAAGAUGAAGCUAGUUUGGUCUCCAGAUACUGCCUCAAAGGCUUAUUUCGACACCGUAAAAUCAGUAAGUUUAACUACUAAACUCAUGUUGCGGGACUAGCCUAGCCAUGGAUUUUUUGGUCGUUGAUGUCCAAAAUUCUUCGGCCGACAGAAGAUCUGUGGAAAAAUUAUUCCGUUGGCAAUUACUGACGGAAUUCGUCGCAGAAAUAUGCCUAAUAAACACGUUGAAGCUGGUCUUAAUGGUGUGAACUUUACAAAGAAUCAGGCGUAGCAGAACUUAUUUCAGCCAUGGCAGCCGGGUGGAAAGCAAAGCUAAUAGUUGAAACAUGGUCGCGGGGAGGGGCAAUUGCGACGAGUAUCGGUCUUGCUGUUGCAAGCCGCCACGGCGGCGGAAGGCAUAUUUGCAUAGUCCCUGAUGAAGAAUCAAGGGUGGAGUACGUUGCAGCCAUGGAAAAGUCCCGCAUGUCGUCCCAAGUCGUCGUUGGCAAGGCCGAGGUCGAGGAGGUGGUGGAAAAUUUAGAGGGCAUUGAUUUCUUGGUGGUGGACAGCCGGCGGAACGAAUUUGCAAGAAUCCUCCGGGUGGCCAAACUUGGCCAAAGGGGUGCUGUGCUGAUAUGCAAGAAUGCGAAUUCAAGAGCAGCAUCGGAUUUUAGGUGGCGAAGUGUCGUUGAUGGUGAGUCGAGGAUUGUGCGGUCCAUGUUUCUACCGGUGGGGAGGGGGUUGGAUAUUGCACAUGUGGGGGCAAGAGGUGAAGGCACUGCCUCCGGGAAGGGUGAGAGACGGUGGAUCAAACGUAUUGAUCGACAGUCCGGUGAAGAGUUCGUCAUCCGGAAGUGAAUUCUGAAGAGAGAGAUGUGAUGUGUCAUGUGUGCUUGGUUACAACAUUUUUUUUGUUCUUUUUCUUAGUUUGGUUUUCUGUACAGGUUUGAGAAAAUGUGAGAGAAUAUUUAGAGAACCUUGCUCCCUGUCCCGGGUUGGGAACAGGGUCAAGGAGAAGGGCGCCACAUGCGCCCCCCUAUUGGAGGGGAGCCGGUGUGGCGCUCUUGUCUUCCUCCCUGUCCCCAACCCGUUACCCCAACCCGGGACGGAGAAUUAUUCAUAUUUAGAUUAAGCAAAACUACCCUCGGUUGAUGUUCAGACAUAUACAAGCAAUGCCAGACUAGUCUUUGUAUACUAUUCCUAUGUUGUACUGAUUUAAAUUCAUAUUUUAAUUUCUAAAUCAAAGUCAA